CCCCCUGACCUCUUUCCAUUACCUAUUUAUGGCAGUCUCCUCUCCACCCUCUCACUCUAAUUCUCCAUGCACAGUCAAUAACAAUCUCUCUCUCUCUACAAUCUGCUCUGCCGCUGCUUCUCUUCAAUGGCGGCUUCACGAGACCUUUCCGUGUUCUUCAUCAUGCUGAUGUGGGUUCUGUGUUUGUGCGCGCCUCUGGGAAGCGCAGGCUCCAAUGUGGCGCAGUCGGAGUGCUUGAAGGUUCCGGCGGCGGAGUUCGCGAGAUCGGUGAAGUCCGCCAUCGACGUGGUGCAGCAGGUGGUGAGCCUCGUCUCCAAAUUCGCCAGCGCGUCCGGCGAUUUCCGACUCUCCAACGCAAUUCUCGACUGCCUUGAUCUGCUCGAUCUCUCCGCUGACGAGCUAAGCCGCACCCUCUCCGCCUCUCAAAUUCGCAACGGCAAAGAUAACAGCACCGGAGAUUUGGCCGCCGAUCUGAGGACGUGGCUAAGCGGAGCGCUGGGCAACCAAGACACCUGCAUGGAGGGAUUCGACGGCACCAACAGCAUUGUCAAGAGCUUAGUGGCAGGGAGCCUCAACCAAGUCACCUCCUUGGUCAAAAGCAUUCUCACCCAGGUCCGGCAGGAGCCCAAUCCCCCUUCCAAACGCGGGAGCCCCGGGACAGGUGGCGGCCACCCGCCGGGACGGAAGCUCACGGCCGGAGACCCUUUCCCUCAGUGGCUGAAACCCAGUGAUCGGAAACUCCUGCAAGCGAAUGGGGUGGCGGCCGAUGUCGUUGUGGCGGCGGACGGCACCGGCACCUUCACCAAGCUGAUGGAUGCUGUUUCUGCCGCUCCUGAUUAUAGCAGCCGCCGGUAUGUUAUAUACGUCAAGAAAGGGAUUUAUAAUGAGUAUGUGGAGAUCGAUAAGAAGAAAUGGAACCUCAUGAUGGUCGGCGACGGGAUAGAUGUCACUGUUAUUUCCGGCAACCGGAGCUACAUCGACGGUUGGACCACCUACCGAAGUACAACCUUCGCGGUUAAAGGGCAAGGAUUCAUCGCCCGGGACAUGACGUUUCAGAACACCGCCGGGCCGGAGAAACACCAGGCGGUGGCUUUCCGGUCAGACUCCGAUUUAUCGGUCCUGUUUCGAUGCGCCAUGAGGGGCUACCAAGACACUCUCUACGCCCACUCAAUGCGCCAAUUCUACCGAGAAUGCGAGAUCACUGGCACCGUCGACUUCAUCUUCGGCGACGGCACCGUCGUCUUUCAAAACUGCAGGAUCCUGGCCAGAAAAGGCCUGCAGAACCAGAAAAACACCAUAACCGCCCAAGGCAGGAAGGACCCAACUGAGUCCACUGGGUUUUCGAUCCAGUUCUGCAACAUUUCCGGUGACGCAGAGCUACUUACUUCCGGGAACUCGACGUUGAGUUACCUCGGCCGGCCAUGGAAGCUGUAUUCAAGAACUGUGAUUAUGCAGUCUUAUAUAAGCAAUGCGAUUCGGCCGGAAGGGUGGCUGGAAUGGAACGGUGAUUUUGCUUUGAACACUCUGUUUUACGGCGAGUACUCGAACUACGGCCCGGGGGCCGGAACGGGGAGCAGAGUGAAGUGGGAUGGUUUCCAGGUCAUGAACGACUCGGCUCAGGCGAAUAAUUUCACGGUGUCUCAGUUCAUUCUUGGGAACUUAUGGCUGCCGUCGACUGGCGUCAAGUACACCGCCGGAUUGGAGGUUUAAGCAGAGAAAUAUGCUCAUAGAAAUUCAUUAUCUAUUACAUCGAUUGUGGGUUUUGAAGCUUCUUGUUUCUCUGAUCUUGCGGAGACGUCGUUUUGAUGGUAAAUAUGCAUUCGGCCAAAGGAAUUGAUUUCUGGGGCCCCCUCUCUCUCUCUCCCAUUCGGCCAGAUGAAUUGAUUUCUGGGGCCCUCUCUCUCUCUCUCUCUCUCUCUCUCUAUACACUUGUUUGUUGUUGUAUGACGGAUGCCGAGGCUAGAUGAUCAUAGUCAAUGCCUAGAUUUUUGGGCAAUAGUUUGCUCACUUGCCAAAGUAAAAGCCAUAUUCGCAUGUUUAAUUGCAUUGUGAACUUGUUCAAGUGUAAGCAUGUAUAAAUCUUGACUCGAGUGCAGAAUUACACUAUUAUUAUGCACAAUGAUAUAAAGUACUCCUUAAUUAAAGUCA